AUGGCUUCCUUCGUCGAAUCUGGUUGGCAGUACCUUGUAACACAUUUUAGCGACUUUCAACUGGCUUGCAUUGGGAGUUUUGUCCUCCAUGAAAGCGUGUUUUUCUUAUCUGGAUUCCCUUUCAUUUAUCUAGAAAGGGCUGGUUUUCUCAGCAAGUACAAAAUUCAGACAAAAAAUAACACACCUGCAGCCCAAGGAAAAUGUAUUACUCGACUCUUGCUUUAUCAUUUCUGCGUAAACUUGCCCCUGAUGAUGGCGUCCUAUCCUGUCUUCAGAGCAAUGGGAAUGCGAAGCAGUUUUCCUCUGCCGUCCUGGAAAGAAGUGGCUGCCCAGAUAUUAUUCUACUUCAUCAUUGAGGAUUUUGUAUUCUAUUGGGGCCAUCGGAUCUUGCACACAAAAUGGCUGUACAAGAACGUGCACAGUGUGCAUCAUGAAUAUGCCACACCAUUUGGUUUGACAUCAGAAUAUGCUCACCCCGCUGAGAUUCUAUUCCUCGGUUUUGCUACCAUAGUCGGUCCAGCUCUCACCGGCCCCCACUUGAUUACCCUCUGGUUAUGGAUGGUACUGAGAGUGCUUGAGACAGUUGAGGCACAUUGUGGUUAUCAUUUCCCAUGGAGCCUCUCAAAUUUUCUUCCUCUGUAUGGAGGUGCUGACUUCCAUGACUACCAUCACCGUCUCCUCUACACAAAGUCUGGCAACUACUCUUCAACUUUUGUCUACAUGGACUGGAUAUUUGGAACCGACAAGGGCUACAGAAGACUGAAGACCCUUAAAGAAAACAGUGACACGAAGCAAACAUGA